GCAUGCUUUUGGUCUCCGCAAAUUCAUAGCUACCUGCUAUAGCGGAAUUCUGUUUGGGAUACAAAUAGUGGAUCAGUUUGACAGGGAAUAGAAUUGUAUUUCAUUUAAUUGGUGGACGACUAAUAUAAGUAUGGCAAGUGCAAUCGGUAAAUGGAAGAUUGAACAUUCUGUGAAUUUUGAAGAGUAUAUGAAAGCUAUAGGCGUUUCUGAUGAGAAGCGAUUAGAUGCUCACAAAUUCCUCUCAGACGGCUCCAACAUGACACAGGAGAUAUCAGACAAUGGAGGAUCAUGGUCCAUCAAGACAACGACGGCCGCCGGCGAAAAGACGAUAACGUUUAAACUGGGAGAGGAACUAGAUACUAUGACACUAGACGGAAGAAAUAUCAAGGUAUUGUUCUCAGCAGACGGAGACAAGCUUGUAGAGAACCAAACAGGGAACGGGUUCCAGUGUAAACACGUUAGACACGGGGACGGAAACACGCUGACAAUGAUUCUGACCGGAGGUGGUCAAACAUGUAUAAGAACGUACGUGAAAUGCUGAACAUCGUCGCCAUUCCAUCGUCAUUUUCUAUAAAACAUUGUGAACUGUGUAUUCUGAUUUAGUGCAAUAAAACAAAACGCACAUAACGUGAUGAUUAUCUUAUGUUUAUUGUUUUGUUUAUAUUUUUUACGAUCGUUUUACAAUUAAAUGUAGAUUAAUGUAAAUUAAUUCCUAUGUUCUGUCUUUUAGUGAGAACCCAUCGAAAGUAGUGUUUAUGUUAAAUGUUAUCGUUAGGUUUGUAUGUAAAAUAAGGUUAAACAUUGGUAUGUUAUGUUUAUACACAUAAUUAAUAAACACGUGAACAGUA